UGUUCUGCCAUUGUUCCUGUUGUGCGAGCGCAGGCCCGCUGUGAUUUGGUAGCCGCUGCAGCAGGAGGAAGGACCGCGGGUCUACCGUUCUAUCGUUUUAGUUUCCAUUCGACAUUCAUAUAGGUAGCUUAUUGUAGUCGCCAUCAGCGAUCGUCGAGUGUACUCUACUCGUGUUCUAUGAUAAUUACGUCGGUGUGUGAUCAACCGCCAUUUUAACCGCACGUUUUCCCUGACAGAAGCGCUAGCACAACAAUGGCUCUGAAAAGAAUCCACAAGGAGUUGAACGACUUCGCACGGGAUCCUCCAGCCCAGUGUUCUGCUGGACCAGUAGGAGAUGACAGUUUUCACUGGCAAGCCACAAUAAUGGGGCCUAAUGACAGUCCUUACCAAGGCGGGGUUUUCUUCUUGACCAUCCACUUCCCCACAGACUACCCCUUCAAACCACCAAAGGUUGCAUUUACCACAAGAAUCUACCAUCCAAAUAUCAACAGCAACGGCAGCAUUUGUCUGGACAUCCUGCGAUCACAGUGGUCUCCGGCUCUCACCAUCUCCAAAGUUCUUCUGUCCAUCUGCUCUCUGCUGUGCGACCCAAACCCGGAUGACCCCUUAGUACCCGAGAUCGCCCGUAUCUACAAGACGGACAGGGAAAAGUACAACAAAAUAGCCCGGGAAUGGACACAAAAGUAUGCAAUGUAGUGUUGGUGGCGCAAAAUCAUGGCCAAGCAGCUCUACUGCAACAGUUUGGGGAGCUUGAGAUGUAAAGAGAAAACAAACAAAAACAAAACAAAAAAAACACAUACAAAUGAAAAG